AAAAAAAAAGACAGUCACUCUAUCUUCCACUCCACUCACUAUGUCUACCUCUUUCAUUUAUAAGGGUCAAUUGACCGGUCACAACGGUUGGGUCACUUGUUUGUCCACCUCUGCUGCCAAUCCAAACAUCUUGGUUUCUGGUUCCCGUGAUAAGUCUAUUGUUGUCUGGGAAUUGACUAAGGAACAAGGUGCUUAUGGUGUUCCAAAGAGAUCCCUCACUGGUCACGCUCACUAUGUCUCUGACAUCUGUAUGACCGCUGAUGCUCAAUAUGUCUUGUCUGGUUCUUGGGAUAAGACUCUCAGAUUGUGGAAUUUGAGCAAUGGUAACUGUGAAAGAAACUUCUUGGGUCACACCAACGAUAUCUUGUCUGUUUCCUUCUCUCACGAUGACAGACAAAUCGUCUCUGGUUCCCGUGAUAAGACCAUCAAGUUGUGGAACACUUUGGGUGAAUGCAAGUACAACAUUACCGAUAAGGGUCACAAGGAAUGGGUCAGUUGUGUUAGAUUCGUUGCCAACAAGGAAAAGCCAUUGAUCAUUUCUGCUGGUUGGGACAAGAUUGUCAAGUUGUGGGAUUUGUCCACUUGUACCUUGAACACCAAUUUGGUUGGUCACACUGGUUACAUUAACUCUGUCUGUGUUUCUCCUGAUGCUUCCUUGUGUGCUUCUGGUGGUAAGGACGGUGUUGCCGUUUUGUGGGAUUUGACUAAGGGUGAACACUUGUAUCACUUGCCUUUGGAUGGUAACGAUGUUAUCAAUGCUUUGGCUUUCUCCCCAACUAAGUACUGGUUGUGUGCUGCUACUGAUAAUUGUAUCAAGAUCUGGGACCUCCAAUCCAAGACUGUCCUCGCUGAAUUGGUUCCUGAAUCAAAGGGUAACAAGAAGCCAGCUUGUAUUUCUCUUGCCUGGUCUGCUGAUGGUACUACUUUGUUCUCUGGUUACACUGAUAACACCAUCCGUGUCUGGGGUUGUUAAAUUGUCUCCUUAUUAGCUAAUAAAAUAUUAAAUUCCU